UUUCAGUACUUACCCGGAUUUUACGACGAGUSCGUGUUCCGGUGUUCCGGGUUGUGCGRCGUCUUGCGUAAAGUUGAGUGUGUUGAGGUUAAGUGUCGUUCCGGAUCCGCCGACUUCAACAAUGUACUGAUCUUAAAAUCUGGGUCCAAAAUUCCAUCCAUUAGAAUCAACACAUAUCUGCGUGGCAUAUUAACUUUUUCAAGAAUUUUUGAUGACGUGAUGACCAUUUAAGGUGAAGGCGAACUUUGCAGAGUAAAUAAUGUUGCGAUGUUGGCUGAAGGAAACUUUUAAUUGUUGCCGAUUGAACUGAUGAUGUCAGUUAUGACUUCAGUUUGGACGCAAAACUGGCAAGGUUAAUUUAAGAUGCUAGUGGCCCGACACUCGCUGACUAGUUUUCUUUUGGCCCUUGCGUUCAUCAUUCAUUUUGCUGCACUCAACAUGAUACUGCCUCCUUCUUGUCCUCCAGAAUGUAUCUGUCUAUCACAAACACAGGUUCUGUGUAAUUCGGGCGGAUUACGAGAGAUUCCUGUGAAACUGCUACCCUCGACCGUGGAGCACCUUUCACUAACGAGAAACCACUUCCCCGUCAUUAAAAGCGAUGCCUUUGCAGGGUUGCGAUAUCUGCGGAAGCUCUCUUUAGACGGCAACAACAUAUCAAUCAUUAAACCGUUCGCCUUCAGGGGACUUCCGCGACUUAGAGAAUUGUCGAUACAGCAAACUCCGCUAGCCACGGUGGCCCAGUUCGCCUUCGCCGGUUUACAGAACAUCACCUCCAUCUACUUAAGCCACAACAAAAUCAAGAAAGUGGAGGGAUAUGCGUUCGCCGGCACUUCGAACUUGAGGCUGUUGGUGCUGACUAAUAACCCCAUAAUCAAGAUUGAAAGUAACGCGUUUUGCGGUUUAACGAAUGUUGAAAGGUUGAAUUUUCCGUCGGGAGUGCGCAUUUUAGAACCGGACGCUUUUAACGGUUUAGACACUGUCGGGUUUUUAAAAUUGGCCUUUAUGGACCUGCCAGCGCUCAAGGAAGGGACUUUUAGAGGUCUUACAAACGUUGGAGUUUUCUCGAUACAAGAAUCGGAUCUUGGAAUAAUUGAAAGAGACGCUUUCGACGGGUUGACUUUUAUCCAUAAUUUCUAUAUUUUGAAUAAUAAAAUUGACGGUAUUCAAGAACUGAAUCUGACGCAAGAGCAACGAAUCAGCUACUUAAAGCUCCAAGGCAACCACAUUUUGGAAAUUCCUCGAGCCGAGACUCUCAAUAUCGGUGUCGAUAAGUUGACUGUGAUAGCAAAUCAUUUUCCUUGUGAUUGUCACAUCCACACCCUGUUAGAAGGACCUUUAGCAAAUGGUAGUUUACUCGAGUUUAUAUCGAAGAAUUAUUGCAUAUCGCCGUUGGAGGUUAAUGGCAGACCCAUGAGUGAUAUAGAUAUUGACUCUAUAGGACGGUGUCAGGAGGAAGUCACUAGGGGUAAUUUAGAAGCUUCCAAAGACUCAACAAGUAUGUGCUGUAAAAUGAAGCCGCAAAUAUCGAUUCUUUUCUGUUCGUUUUUUGCCAUUUUCGGCAACUUUAGCUGAAAAUAUAAACACGAAUUUAGUCAAGUUUGAUAUUAGGGAAAUUUAUGUACAGUUUUUACUCGCCAGUGAAGAAAUAUCAUCUUUGUGUAGAGGCUAGUUUCAACGUCAAGGGUAAAUCAUUGCGUGCUAACAAACAUCGAAUUGGAGCAAUCAAUAAUUUAUUGAAUUUUUUACUUUUUUCUGUGGGACAAUCGUUGAACUUGAAAGUUUUUUGACUGAUUUUUGUUUUGUUUUGCUUGCUUUCUAUUAUAUACAUCAGUGAAACGUGUUUUAUCUUAAAAAUAAAUGAAUAUUUCUAUUUUAGUUUUUUUUUUAAUUGUUGAACAAUGUGUGGAUGCGCCGGGCUAAGAUGCAACCUCUGUUUAAAAAAAGUAGUAUGUGAAAUAUUACUUCUGGACCAGGGCAUGUGGCGUCUUAAAAAACAAAUCAAAAUCCUACAAAUUUAGCUAUUUGCCCAAAAGCAAACAACCGAAAAAGGCCUAAAACCUGACAAAAAUCAUUAUUUUUUAUGCACCGCAAAAGUAUCCAAAUAUCUGUAGACCACCAAAAAUUUAGAAUCCUUCAAAUUUAGCCGUUUUUCCAAAAGUAAACAACCGAAAAAGAUCUAGUAAACUUAAAUAUGCCUUGUUUUUAAACACCCCAAAAUGGAUUUUUACUUCUGGACCAGGACAUUUGGCAUGUUAAAAAAACAAGGCAGAAUCUUACAAAUUUUAGCUGUUUUCUCAAAAAUAAACAACCGAAAAAGGCCUAAAACCCUUCAAAAAGCAUUAAUGUUUCUACACCCUAAAAGUACCCAAAUAUCUGUAGAACACCAAAAAUUGGGCACACAAAAAAACUGUUGAAAUUUCUCAAAAUAAUGCAAAAUUACCUCAAGAACACCCUAAAAAAACUAACAAAAUACCUUGUUCAAACACCCCAAAAUGGCAAAAACCAAGCCAUUUGGCGCAUGCAAAAAAAGGGAAAAACAACACCAAAUCAAGGAGGUUUGGUACAAGUACAUUUGGAAUUUUACAAAUUUACCUGUUUCCCCAAAAGUAAACAAUCAAAAAAGACCUAAAAUCAUCAAUUUUUAUGCGCCCUAAAAAUCUAUAGACCAUCAGAAAUUAGGCACAUGAGAAAACCGUUGAAAAUUAUCCAAAAUCAAGCAUCAUUUUGAAUACUGUUGAGGUUAAAGUUCGAGUUUACAGAUUAUAUUUAAGAUUUCUCAGCUAAUUUCUGCCUGCAACUCUAUAUACAGGGUGCUUCUUAAAUAGACGACAAAAUUUUAUCACUGCUUCCCAAGGAUAAAUCGAGACAAACUGUACCUUUUUUACGUUUACCUAUAUCUUUUAGGGCAAAACCGCCUUGAUCCGUGCCACUUCCGGCGUUUAUGAAUUGUUGCAAUGAUCAAGUACAGUCGCGGCCAUUAAAAAGUAAUACACUUCACAAAUAAAAAAAAUUUGGCGUUGUAAAUUUUCCCUUGAAACUGACAAUCACUGUCAUGUUUAAAAUGUCACUAGAAUCUUCUUCUUUGCUUUAAGUCCAGAUUUGGCGUCCACCACUGAUUUGUCAAAAGUGACGUUUUCAGUGACACUGACAAUCACGACGAAAAAAUUACAUUAUGUAAUUUUUUAAAUUUUGAGAGGAUUAGUCAAAAUCCCGUGUAUUACUUUUCUAUGACCGCCACUGUACAUUUUCAUCAAAUUAAUAUCAUGGUUUCCACUACCUGUGCUAAUACUACUUACAAGCACAUCAGUGGCGUACGCUUUACCUCGCAAAUAACUUUAAUAAAUCUUAUUUGGAGAACGGUUAAACAAAAACUUUUUGUAAUAUUUUUUCCAGCAUGUACUCAUUUGAUGAUAGGUACUACCAGUAAUAAAAUUUUGUCGGUAUAUUUAAGAAUCACCCUGUAUGGUGCUAAUGAAUAAAUUUUAAUAAAAACAACACCAUCUAAAAACGCAAUUUGAUGCAAAUAAUAAAUAUCGCCAAUGCAUGCCAAAUUGUCGACAAUUUUUAUCGAGUACACAGAAUGCACGAGACAGAAUUAAAACAAUUUGGCAGACUGUUUUUUAAAAAAAUUGAAAUGAUAUAAUUUACCUAAAUUGCAUGUUCAAAAAUUGUUUUUUCUUUAAAUUUUUAUACGGAAAUUGCAGCGAAAAUACUGCACUAGUCCAAAUUGUCGACAAUUUACACUAGUGCAGAAUUUUCGCUGUAUUUAAUCGUUAUUGGUUAAAAAUAAAAAUUUUGCAAUUUUUAGAAUGCUUUAAAUGUAUGCAAAUACAGGGUAUUCCAUCUAAACCCCACAUUAGAAGUAUUGGGAGUUCGAAUAAUCGUAUUCAUUUGAAAAUUGGUAUAUAGCCAUAAACCAUUAAGUCCGCCUAAAUGAAAAUAUUAUUAAGAGUAUAUGCUGUAUAAUACAUAUAUUAAUAUUUGUUUCAAAAAUUUCUUAAAAAUAAAAUACUAUUUUAAAAUACUAUUUUUAUUUAAACAGUUUAUUACAAUGUAGAAUAAUCUGUAAAAAUGGUGGAUGCGCCGGGUUAGGCAACCGCUGUUUAAAAGCACAGAGCAAACUCUAAUUUUAAAAUUCUUUGUUGGCAAAUAAAACUUACAUCACUCUAACAUAUCAGUAUUUUUACUAAAAGGUUUCUUAGAUUUAUCUAAAAAAUAAGAUAUUAUUUUUAAUUUAAUUUAGAACUUGUAAAAAUGGUGGAUGCGCCGGGUUAAAUGAAACUGAGCUUUUUACAACACAAAAACUAACAAUGAAUUUAGGUUUUUUACCAUUAUUUUUUCCUAAUUAAGAAAACAUAGAACAAAAUCCCAUUGUUAAAUAAAAACCCACGCAUUCAGUCCAGUUAAUUACAAUUGCAACCAAUUAAAUCACAAUAUAAUUAAACCCGAGCAAUCGAAACCGCAAACUAGAUUAAGUGUACUGGUGGGUGAAUCACCCACAUUGAGUUAUAGUUACAAAUAACUAUUUGUAGUAUACUAUGCUCACAUUUUAGAAAUUUUUUUAAGUUGAAAAAGUUGCCACCUCAUCCACGACUCAAAGGGACAAUUCAAUACCCAUUCGGAGGUGAAACGUAACAGCAAAAGCAAUUUAUUAUCGACACAGGAUAGCUACAUUUGCUAAAUUUCGUGUAGUAUGUAACCAAAAAUAUCCUCAAGGGUCCCGUUUUGUUUAAGCACUUGUAACAAAAUUAUUGCGUGUCCUGUAUCAUAACAAAUUGAAUAAAUUAUUGAUCGCCCGACGAGUUUUCGUUUUUUAACACUGCCAACACGUUUGGUAGAUUACUCGAGUCCAUAUCAGCUUGUACAUAACGAAUCGCCCUUUUACAUAUACAGAGUUGUCAUGAAAUAUUCAGUAUGGAUUAUGCGCAUAAGUCACAGCGUCAGUGUUGCUUCUUUCGUUAUACUUUACGACUAAAGUAUUUUCUGAAGAGGGGUUAAGUUUAAGUGUUUCAGGCUGCUGAAAUUUAAAUUAAGGUGUUUCGAGUGCUGAUCAACUGUGUUUAUUUCAAAUCCCGUUUUUUUAACAAAUUUUGCACGUUCUGUGAGUUUUAAGAAAUACUUGUUUAAUUUUUUUUUAUUUGAUAUUUUUGAUGUAAAAGUUAAUCUAAUUAAUUCUCUAAUUGAGAAAUCUUCUAAUUGA